CAGGGCAGCUUCCCCGUCCCUGCCGUGACCAUGUUCGUUCCUUGCGGGGAGGCCGAGCCCGACCUCUCAGGCUGCACCCUGCUGCUGAUCUGUAGUUGUGACUUGGAAGUAAGGUUUCCUGGAUCACCUUAUAAGGAACCACAGACACGCGUAUGCUCACAGUCAUUGUAUUUCUCCUCAUAGCCACUGUAUUUCUUACUGCUGAUUUUAUUCCAGCCAGCAGUAUCUGUUGGAAAUGUUGGCCAACUUGCAAUAGAUCUGAUUAUUUCUACACUGAACAUGUCUAAGAUCGGUUACUUCUAUACUGAUUGUCUGGUACCAAUGGUUGGAAAUAAUCCAUAUGCAACAGCAGAAGAGAAUUCAACAGAACUCAGUAUAAAUACUGAAGUAUAUUCAUUGCCUUCAAGAAAGUUAGUGGCUCUUCAGUUGAGAUCUAUUUUUAUUAAGUACAAAUCCACCUCAUUCUGUGAAAAACUCCUUUCGUGGGUGAAGAGUAGCAGAUUUGCCAGAGUGGUCGUUCUUUCGAGCAGUCACUCAUACCAACGGAGCGACCUACAGCUGCGCAGCACUCCUUUUCGGUACCUACUUACGCCUUGUAUGCAAAAGAGUGUUCAGAAUAAAAUAAAGAGUCUUAACUGGCAAGAAAUGGAAAAAACUCCAUGCAUUCCAGAAGUGAGAGAUUCUGAUUACUGUGUCCGGAUUCCAGGAGGAGGGAUCACAAGAGCACUCUACAAAGAGAGCUGCUCUAAAGAAAUCGCAAUGGCGGUGCUGCUGAAGUUUGUUUCUGAAGGGGACAACAUCCCAGACGCACUGGGGCUCGUCGAGUAUCUUAAUGAGUGGCUGCAGAUCACCAGACCGCAGGGCGGCGGCCCAGCACCGUCCACCUUGGCCUGGAGGAUACCAAGUUCUUGGAAAUUACUCUUUGGCAAUGGUCUUCCCCCUGCACUGUUCUGAUCUGUUUUCAGCCACCUGAGAUGCUGCAAACACGUACUGUCCAAAAAUAUAUUAGGACAUAUUUUUGUAGAAAAUGUCCCAGAACAGUGUGUGGACAGACCGUCUUUUCCCAAGCCUUUCGUCAGCUACAAUGGAUGUAAAACUUGUGCAAUAAAAUUUUAUUUCCUAAGUAA